AUGACCGAGGAGGACAGGAAUGUGUUCACAAACAUCGAUCAAGCUCCUAAAGCUGGAAAAAAGCUCGCGAUUGAGGAUAUCUAUCAGAAAAAAUCGCAAUUGGAACACAUUCUUCUUCGCCCUGACACCUAUCUGAAGGAAUGUUUUUUUAGAGAGAAGAACCAGAUCUCAAUUUACAACAACGGUAAAGGUAUUCCUGUUGUUCACCACAAAGUGGAGAAUAUGUAUGUUCCUGAGAUGAUUUUUGGAACUCUGCUAACUUCUUCUAACUACGAUGACAGUCAGAGAAAAGUAACCGGUGGUCGUAACGGUUAUGGUGCUAAACUCUGUAACAUCUUUUCUACAGAAUUCACUCUCGAAACAUCUUCAAAAGAAUAUGGAAAGGCUUUCAAGCAGACCUGGAUCAACAAUAUGACAAAAGAUAAAGACUGCCAAAUUGUGAAGGCUGCUGGUGACGAUUACACCAAGGUGGGUUCAUACCGUGCAAUGUUUGGAGCUCUCGGAUAUCUUUUUUUUUUUCAGAUUACUUUCAAACCAGAUCUCAAGAAGUUCAAAAUGCAUGAAUUGGAUGAUGAUAUUGUUGGACUGAUGUGUCGGCGUGCUUAUGACGUCGCUGGAAGCACAAAA